AUGCACAUGCUACCGUCGCAGCGUAGAAUUAGCCGCGUUCAGGCCAUUGAUUUGGAAUUGGCUUCUGAUUCAGGAAUAAGCCCUCGCAAUUCAUAUGAGUUGAUGGGAAGGCAAGUUGGUGGAAAAGAAUCAGUCGGGUACAUGAAGUUAGAUUUGCUAAACCAUAUAAGGACCCGAAGACAAACUGAGCUCAAAUAUAGAGAGGCAGCAUGGCUAAUGAAUUAUUUUGAGACUCAGUCUUGUGAAGAUCCAUCUUUCUUUUAUGCAUUCCAAUUGGAUAGUGAUCAAAUGAUUACUAACAUAUUCUGGGCUGAUUCAAAAAUGAUAGUUGAUUAUUGCAAUUUUGGAGAUGUUGUAAGUUUUGACACAACAUACAAAGUUGUACAUGGCAACCAUCCAUUUGGAAGUUUCUUGGGGUUGAAUCAUCACCGGGAGACCGCUAUGUUUGGAGCAGCGUUCAUGUAUGACGAGACUACAAAGUCGUUUGUCUGGUUGUUUGAAACAUUUUUGAAAGCAAUGUCCGGUAAAGCGCCAAAGACGAUCUUCACUGAUCAAGAUGCUGUAAUGGGAAAGGCAUUGACACAGGUGAUGCCAAGGACAAAACAUUAUUUGUGUGUUUGGCACCUAAUGCAAAAUGCACAGAAGCAUCUAGGGUUCUUGUUUAGACGUGUGCAAGGCUUUAAGAAAGUGUUAUCAAAAUUAAUGUUUCAAAUUGAGGAGGAGGAAGAAUUUACCAGGGAAUGGAAUUUAAUGAUAACAGAAUAUGGUGUUGUUGGUAACACGUGGCUUACAAAUCUGUUAGGUUUGAAACAUAGAUGGGCCAUGGCAUUUAUUAAACAUGCCUGGUCCACGGGUAUUCACAACACACAACUAAGUGAAAGCUUCAAUGGUUGCUUGAAGGCAUACUUAUCCAGGCAACUAAUUCUUCCAGAUUUCUUAACACACUUUGAAAAGCUGUUGUCUGAUAAACGUUACAAGGAGUAUGUAGCCGAGUAUGGGUUACUCCACAAUCUACCUCAACUAAAAACAAACUGUAACAUAUUAGUAGAGGCGACAAACCUGUACACAAAGGUUAUAUUUAAUAGUUUCCAGGAGGAGUUCUUAACAGCUGGUGCCAGUCAGAGGAUCAUUGGUUGCAGUCCCAUCGAGGGCAACGGAGGCUGUGUUUACAAAGUCGUUGGUGAGGAUGGAAUGCAACGCGACGUCACGAGGACAUCAGAAGAUGAAUUGUUUUGUUCUUGUUGUAAAUUUGAAAGGGAGGGUAUUAUGUGCAGGCAUAGUUUGAAAAUCUUAAAGGACUUCAUGUUCGCUAAUACAUUGCCUCAUCGAUAUAUAUUAAGAAGGUGGACUAGAAGUGCAAGAGAUGGCAGCUUGGAGGAAAAUCUUUCUGGUGAAAUGAUUGCUAAUGUUGAUCCAAAAAUUGAGGUUAGGAGAUCGCAUAGGGUACUUUGUCAUAUUCUGACAGAAAUUUCGUCCAUUGUAUCGGAGGAUAAGAACCGAUACAAUGAUUUGUUAGUGAAAGCCAUGGAGUGGAAAAAAAUUGCCCAAUCAAGUUAUAGGCGUAGGUUUGCUGAGAGGAAUGCAAUUUAUAUUGCUAGUAAAGGCAAAAACCAAUAUCACGGGAGCAACAUAAAUACUGACAAAAUCCCCAAUGGCCUUAAGUGUAAAGAUACAUGGAAAGGAAAAUUUAACAGAAUUGCAAUGAAGCCCUUCAAUCCGGAGAUGCAGGUGCCAGUAGUCAUAGUGGAACAAUCCCCUACCACGUGUUAG